UCUCUCUUUAUUUUUCCAUCUCUCUCUUUCCGAAUCUAUCUCUCGUGAAUAUACAUAAAUAUAAACAAAUUGAUGUUGAAAAGAACACUAAGCUUUUUCCUAAUAAUAAUUUUUCAAUGCAUAAAAUGUACGUAUGUAUGUAUAUAUGUAUGUAUGUAUUGUCAAUAUUUUUUUCAUAGUUCGUCAUUGAUUUAUUUUGUUAUAGACUUUACUCAAACAAACAUCAAUUUUAUUGCUUUAUUUCAUCUUAAUUAUAUCAUUAAAUAAUAAAUGUAAAAAUUUAACUUUUUAUCGCUUGACAUUAAAUAAAUACAAAAAAUGAUCAUCCUAACCUAAAACGAAUUUAAUAGAUGCAUACAUAUAUCGAGGCGUUGUCACUCAUUAAUAUUAAUUAUGUUCACUCACGUCUCUACUGUAUUAUAGUAUCAUAUAUACAUGCAUACAAACCUCUAAUUUUAUUUUAUUUACAUAUAGGUUUUUUGUACAAAUAAGAUAAUGAAAAAAAUUUCCAAUCCAUAAUAGGUUUAAUUUUAAUAAUUCCAUCACAAGAAUCAAUUAGAAAAUCGUUCUUUUUCCUUUUUUUAUCUUCUCAUCUUAUCUUUUUUUUUUUUUUUUUGUUUUUCUCUUAAGAAAAUUUUUGUUUCCAAUACAAAAAUGUAGUCGGUAUAGAAGGAAUUUCGUAAUCUUUAUUUUAGCGCUACAGUUUAAAAAAAUUUGUGAAGUUGGCAGCGCGUAUAUAAUCGAAAUACCGAUAGUCGAUAAAAAUGCCAGAUGAGUCGACGAAUUUCUUGGGUGCAACGGACAGAAGAUGGUUUCUCUUUCAACACUUUCGCGUGCAGUAUAAAUUUAAAAAAAAAAAAGAAAGAAAGAAAGAAAGAAAGAAAGAAAGAAAAGAAGAAAAGCAAAGAAAAAAGAAGGAAGAAAGCAAUUAGAAUUUGCAAGACACCGCCGCUCCUCCCCUCCUACCCCACCCCACCGGAUCGCCAACCCUCGAGGAGUUUUUUCGCCGAAGAGUGAAUAUACAAUUAGACGGCUGACAUAACCAUAAAAAUAAACACGGACGACAAUGGAGUCGUCGAAGGAGUAUUAUUCGGACCAAUGAACCUUGGAAAAGAAUGGAUCUUAGAGAUCUUAGAGAUCUUAGAGAAGAUCUUAGAGAAGAAAAAUAAUCCGUUUAGACCUCGAAGCGCUUCCGACUUGUUCUCCCUCUCCUCGUCCAUCCUUCCCUCUCCCACUCUCUCUCUCUCUUUCUCUCCAUCUCUAUCUCUCUGUCGCUCCGGAUCGUCCCCUUUUCGGAGUAACGUCCUCCGGGAGUGUGACGCGCGCUAUGUGACGGGAGGGUGGCCAACAUCGAACGUGCCGGAGAUCCUACACUCGUGCUCGGCUCUGAAGUGGCUUGUGUGUACAUUGAAGAUCAUUCCUUUAGAUUUUUCUUUGAGGAAAUAACGGACAUAAGAGGAGGAGAAGAAGGAAGAAGAAGUAGUAGUAGUAAUAAUAAUAAUAAUAAUAAUAAUAAUAGUAGUCCGUCAAACGGAGUGGAAGAGAACGCGAAGAUAAACGAAAGAAGAAGAAGAAGAAGAAGAGGAAGAAGAAGUGGCGGAACAAGAGAGGAGCAAAAGUACGAAGGGAAGAAGAGGAGGAGAGUAAAAGAGAGAAAGAGGGAAAGAAAGAAAGAAAGAAAGAAAGAAGGAGAGGAUAAAUAGAAGCAGCGAAGAUCACCGGCCGUAAACACGCAUGAGGGUCUCAUGGCUACCGGAUUGGUGAAGUGGUGGCGAGCAAGGUUCCUUGCGGGCUACAAACCUUUUUCUGUCGUCGGUGGUAAUACUGAGGGUAGCGAUUCGGAGGAACUGUUAGGGAGCGUCGCGACGCCCUGCACCGGUUCACCCCCGUUACCAGCGGAAUCGCCACAGGUUACGGUCGAUGGAACCGCCAGUCCGGCACCACCAGCUCCAGGAAAUGACGAACGACCUACCAGCAGUACGACGAAACAGCUCAGCUUCGAGGAAUUCGAGUGCGACGUAUCGGUCGCGGAGGGUGAUCGAAGGAGGCAAGAGUUUUCAUUUACGCUAUACGACUUCGACGGUCAUGGAAAGAUAACGAAGGACGAUAUAGCCGGACUGGUUACAACCAUUUACGACACUCUUGGUAGGUCCAUCCAAGUGCCACCGUGCGGCAGUAAAACGAUUAAGGUCAAGCUGACUGUAUCGCCUGAUCAGCGUGCCGGACAAACGCGUACCACCUGCCCGAAUUCUCAGCAAGGGCCAACGACAACGACCACUACGACGACGACAACUACUACGAGUCUGCCAGCUAAUUCGCCUUGCUGUCAUGUCAAGCACGCGGCCUCCUGUACCGGUGGUGGUGGUGGUGGUAGUAAUCAUCAUCAUCACUCGACGACAACUCAGACGCAUGCCACUCAUGGCUCGCGCAAAGUUCCUAGAAGGAGAAGACCGAUUCGGCAUCGAUGUCAGACGCAACAAAGAGAAGCAGAGACGCACAGCGAGGACGAUGCCGAGAACACGCGAAGCAGCCGCGUGAAACAGGAAGAACUCCGUAGGAGGGUCGGCCCUGUUCCUCAUUUACCAUCGCCUUAUUCGAACAGUUCGGAGGGUGAUGUCAGCGACGACAGCGAUACUUCGCCCGCUUUUUCUCCCUUCACGCCCUUACUCACCACCAAUCAACGAAAACGUAGCGGCGCACUUCAGAGGCAACAAUUGUUAGAGAUAAUACAGGCAAACAUGGAAAAGAACAAUCUCAGUUUUCAUACACCGAGGAAACGACAUCAAAACGAACACGUACGCGUUCCAUCUCGAAGCCCACAUGUCGAGCCAACGAACGUUCAAACAUCGAAUUACAAUCAAAACUGUCGGCCACCCUCGGAAUCCCGACAAUCGACGACAAAUUAUCACAAACCAGUUCGGGAAAAUUCUCAUCACACGGUUGCAUUUUCCAAAUUACCGACGAAAACGCGAGGGAACUUAAGAAAGAUGCGGGGCCAACACGGGAUCCAACAACAACAACAACAACAACAGCAACAGCAGCAACAACAGCAACAACAGCAACAACAGCAGCAACAACAGCAACAACGUAACGCAACGGCUAUAAUAACGACGGGAGGAACAACGACAGUUGCUGCGGCAACUACGACAACGACGACUACGGCGACACAAUCGUCGAAAUCGUCGGGACAGCAACAGCAACAGCAACAACAACAACAGCAACAGCAGCAGCAGCAGCAACAACAACAACAACAACAACAUAUUAUUCAGCAGCAAGGGCAACUACAACAGCAACAGUUAUCAGCUGUUCGUAACAUCAUCGGUCCGACGAUAAACAACGAAACACAACAUUUGUUAGGAAAUCGCAAUAUCGUCAAUCUCGUACCGAACAACAAUCAACAGGGUGGUCAGAUUAUAAAUCAGAGUCCGAUGAUAAACAAUCACAAUGUUCAAAGGCAAACGACGACAGCGGAUCCGGGCCAAUACGUUCAAUCGCAGUCUCAAUGUGGUAAAGCUAGCAAGAAGCAUCAAUUGAAACACGCUACAAGAGAACAGGAUCAGGCUAGGGCGAUGGCUCAAGUCGUUCGCUGGCUCGAACGUGAAUUUUCACAAAAUGCUGCUGCUGCUACUACGGGAAGGAGACACGUUCAUGAGCAUAUUCAUCAUCAUUAUCAUCAUUAUCACGCCGAGGCUCUCGUUUGAUCGUUGUCUAUUGCCGAGGAAACAUCACCGUUGUCGUUGUUGUCGUCACUUUCGACGAUGCUCGUUACGUGUGUACGAUGCACAACUUUUUGUCUUUCAUUCUUUUCAGUAUGAGAAGGAAGGAGAACAAUGGUAAGAUACGCGCAACCGAUGAAAAAUAUUUCUCAAACGAAAUGUCUGAUAAGAGAAUCGAUUCUCUAUGCGUAUCGCUCUUUUUUUUUUCUUUCAUCUAUUCCUAUUUUUUUUUUUUUUUGUCAGAUAGUUUCUUUUCUUUUCUUUUUUUUUCUUCCCCUACAAAAAUGAUACGUACGUCGUUUACUUUAAAAAAAAGACUGUGGACUACUGCUGAUAUACAUACGAUACUCGACGAUAUCGAAAUAGAGAUUGAAAUUCCUUUAGAAUCGUAAUGAAUAUUAAAUUAUUGGAGUCCUCGACGAAUUUUUGAGAGAGAAAAUAAUUUUUUUUUUUUUUUAUCUUUCCGACUUUUAUCCUUUCUUACCCGACGAUAUUUUUUCAUCGACGAUGCAGUUGUUUAACAACAAAGUAAUAGUAAUAGUAAUAUUAAUAAUAAUAAUAAUAGUAAUAAUAAUAAUAAUAAUAAAUAAUAAUAAUAAAUAAUAAUAAUAAUAUUAAUAUUGAUAAUAAUAAUAAUAAUAAUAAAAAUAAUAAUAAUAAUAAAAGAACGUUGGUAAAAUGUUUGCUGGAACUGGGACACCCCGUGUAAAGGGGGAAGACAUUUUUUUUGAUCGAUAUGAUCACAAAUGUGAUUAACGAUAUUGACUCCGAAUAGAGUAGUGGAUACGAUUUAUUCGCGACCAUAAUGCAUUAUUCUCGAAUCUCAACGCGCGAAUACAAAUAAAAGUAAAUUAAAUUAAAUUAAAUUAAAUUAAAUUAAAUUAAAUUAAAUUAAAUUAAAUUAAAUUAAGUUAAGUUAAAUUAAAUUAAUUUAAAUUAAAUUAUAUUAAAUUAAAUUAUAUUAAAUUAAACUAAAUUAAAUUAACGAGUAGCUGAAAAAAAUCUCAAGCAUGCCUAAGGAGACCCACCCUGUUAAUAGUGGCUAUUUUUUUUUUGUUUUUUGGUUUGUUAAAAAUAUUUUAUUGAACCACGAUUAAUAAUUAAUAACGAUGAAGAUGCAUCUGAGGAAAGGGGAGAGCCUAUUUUUUCAAUUAAAAAAAAAAAUGAAUUACGAUUAUGGUUAAUAACGAAUUAUGAUGUUAGAUUUUUAUCAACGAAUGUAAUCUAAUUAAUUAAUGCGAAUACGUCGAAUACGAAAAGUUCGAAAACUGAAAUUAAUUGCGCUGGUAGUUUCUUCUUUAGAUAUUUUUUUUUUCUUUUUUUAUUUCUUUUUCUUCUUCCUUUUUUCUGUUUUUUUCUUUUUAUGUUUUCGUCGACUGAACAAUUAGAAAAAAGACGCGAAUUUUAGUGCGUUUUUUUAAAGACUCGUGCAUAUAAUAAUGAACAAUCGAUCGAACGAAUACGCUUCGUAUAAUCAAUCGAGUAACUGAUAUUGUAAAUACGUGCAUGUAAUCUCUUGCGUUAAAAAAAGAAAUAAAGAGAGAAAAAAAAAGAAGAAAAGGAAACGAAAAUAAAAAAAAAAAAAACAGGUUUUUUCCUGCGCAUAUUAAGAUUGAAUAAAAGAUCUCAGGCGCUACGUUUUAUUAUUAAAAAAAAAAUAUAUGUAUAUAAAUCAUCUAAAAGAUUAUGAAAUACGAUAUAUAUAUAUACAUAUAUAUAUCGUGUAUAUAUAUAUAUAUA